UUUUGUACGAAAGUAAUAUAAAACAUGGUAGGGUGUAAUUCCUUUUUUUAUUUUCUCUAUUACUGUAUUUUUUUUACAGAGACGCCACAAACUCAGCAAACUCAUUCAUUUAGUUUGAAGAAAUGUGGUUGAAGAUGGGGGAGGAGUUGGAAAUGGAAGGCCUGCCAAAGGGUUGUAUUCCACCCCCUCCCUCUCCAGACUACCAUUCGACAUUGAGUACAAUUGGCACGAAAAAUGAUUCAUUAAAAAGACCUCUAAGUCCUACACCAGAGAGUCACGGUAACUGCGAAACCUUUUCACCAGUUGCCAGCUACUCGCCGGCCCUGGAUUCAAACUGUAGUGCCUUUGCGCCAGUGACAUGUACCAUUAGUCAGGCUGAAGACUCUAUCCUGACUACUUUAAGGCGAACAUAUCCGGACAAGAUGCUCAAAUUGGAAAAAAGGAUGAAGGAACAAAGCAAGCAGGAUGUCUUGCUAGAACAAGUCAACGUCUUAAAAACCCUCCUGGCCAGAGUACCAGUAGAUUGCGAGCAAAUAAAAAUCAUCAUAAACUUUUUAGAAGACAAAGUAGAUAACAGUACCUCGGCUAAAAGGGUCAAGUUUACAACGCUAUAG